AUGUUCUUCUACGGUUCGCUGGCCGAUGAUGUGUCUAUUCAGACGGAAGCAUGCAAAUGGUACCUGAGGGCUCUACGGGGCCUCCAAGACCUGCUCUCACAGGAAACUUCCUCUUUUACUGGCGAUGUCGUCUGUGCCGUUGUCAUGCUUACUCACUUUGAAACCCUGGCCGCUACGUCCACGGAUGGGUGGUUCCAGCAUGUCCGGGGCGCGGCGACGAUGCUUGAAUCAAGCGGUCCAGAAAGUUGUCGUGAAGGGUUUUUACACCGGCUGUUCCGUCAUUUACGGCUUCUCGUUUUUGUUGCAUCGAUAUUCAAGAAUGAAGAGCAUGUCUUCUCAUCCCCUGAAUGGAUGGACAUUCCCUUCGAAGUCUAUCCUAAAGGUCCAUUCGACGUCCUUGUCGACAAUCUAUUCUCCUUGUUGUCAUGUCUGACAACUGCGCAAGAUCUGUUAAAAUCCCAAGCCGGAAACGCAGAGCCUCUUAGAACCAAGUUAAUCACAUUGGUACUGGGGUUGAUCACCCGGUUACACAACUGGUGGGCACAAUGCACCGCCAUGAUGAACUUGGGCGGAUUUAACGCACAGGCUCCGAUGAAUGCUGCCAAAGACGAUUCAGAUUUUCAAGCCCUUGACCCCGAUCAUUUCCCGAUUCUUCAUCACUUGGAUAUGCCCACGGCUGCUCUGGCUACCCUGUAUGAUGCGGCAAAUAUCAUCGCUCUGCGGCUUCUUUCGCUCGUUUCGCCGUCUGCAUAUUUAUACGAAGAACGCAUUCAGCGACAUGCGAGAUCGAUCCUGUUGGCAAAAUCGUUUGUUGAAGAGAUCCCAGGUCCCACUUCCAAUCGUGGGUCUACUAUGGUGGGCUUCCCCUAUCAAAUUCUCUGCAUAUGGGGACCGUUCACCACGGAUGGACAUUAUCCUGGCGCCAAUAAAAAACAGCUCUUCUCGAAUGUGGCUGCCUACGUGCUUCGGCAUCGGGGUUUAGGGUGCACCGGGCAGAUUUCUGAUGACCGGAGCCUGGAAGACUCCGUGUCUUCUUCUUACCAAAAUAAUAAUAUGAGGCUUGAGCUUGACAGGGCACGUUUGGCAUGUACAUAA